AUGGCCUUUCGAAACCAUCUCUCUCUGUUUUCCCUCAGACCGUCAGUGAAACAUAGUUUGGAGACUCUCUGGUUGUGUUACUCUUCUCCGACUCCUCAAGCUGCAUCUCAUCUGCUCACUCUGCUGGUUCUCUGCCUAUCAUUGGUUGCUAUAACCUCCUCGCUGCUUUUCUAUUGGCUCAUUAAUCUUUUGAGAUAUAACAUCCAGACGGCACUGAUCGCAGUUGGUAUCUAUGCCACAGCAGUGUUUAUCCUGUCAGCUCUCAUCCAUCCAUUCCGAUGUGCCGUCACGCUAAUCUUCCCGACGCUGUUCACCCAACAGGGCCGCAAACUGCUUUUGUCUACAUCUGUUAUGAUUGUGGUGCUGUACGUCCUACCCAACAUGGCUGCCAACAUCGCAACUCUAACACAUGUUGUGAAGUGUGCAUCAGAAAAACUCUCCCAAAGCCUCCUGAGCAGCUCAGAGCUCAUAAACACCAUCAAGGAAAAUAUGGUCACAACUGCUAAAGAGAACGUGAAUCGUAAUUUAGUACAAACGCUGCGUGAUUUUGAUCACACCACUAAUAUUAACGUCUCUGAAGUGAAGGGACGGUUGCAUUCCUUAAGUCAACACGUGAAGGAGGAUUUCUCUGAAAUUAAAAGUCAAGUGCACAAUCUGAAGUUACUGUUCAGCAGAAUUUUUGCUGCCAUUUUUGUUUUGUAUUUGUUUGUGGAGUCUGUCAUGUACAUUCGCUCUUAUUUGACGUCUGUAAGAUUUGACAACACAUAUCUCACAAGUGGGCUUAGGAAAAAGGCAGUAGAAAAAGGACUCGUGAUCGAAUCAAAGGAUGUGAAGAAUGGUGUGAAGUCCACCAGUUUCAGAAUAACUAAAAGGGAACUCUUCAGAUGCCUGACUCCAGCCCUGGUGAUCACUCUGUAUCUGCUGAUGACAGUCUUUUUGAUAGUGCUGGACCAUUUCUUGUAUUUCUUGGUGAAAUCGGGUGGUCCUUGGAUUUCCAACAUGCCAUCCACCAACAUCAGCAUCAACGUCAACUUAAAGGUUGGAACAAAAGUAACCAUUCUUCAACUUUUUGGCACAGACAGUCAUACAGAAUUGUUCAACUUCAACAGAACUUACACAGCCCUCAUUCACUCUGAUCCAAAUAUCUGUGAGGCUCAGUCUAGUCAAUUGAACCCAGGUGUAGUGACAGCACUGGUGUUCCUCUAUCUGUUCAGCUACAGCUUGCUGCCACUGGAUGUUUACGCUCGACGUCUUCGGAGGAAAGUUGCAGCUUCUUUUUUCCAGCAGCAGGAGGAGAGAAGAGUGGAGUUCCUAAUUAAGAAGAUUCAAAGUAAACAAAAAGAAAGACAAAAUGUGUUCUUUAUAGAGACCAAACAUCAAGAUGAAGAUGUCUCUGGAAUGAUAGAUCUUUCACAUAAAUAAUAUGCUUAACAUUAAGCUGUAUUUUAUAGUCUGUAUUUUUAUU